UGACUUUAAAUUAAACAUUAACAAAGCAGCUUUGUAGUUACGUUUAUUAAUCAUUUGAUGUUUAAUGACAUGCGCUGGUCGACAUGUCACUGUCUUCAACUGAACUGCCAUCUUGUGGUUACUGUAUGCCACUGCACCAUCGACUGGCUCCUCUGUGAUGUUAUUUAUAGGGCGAGUGAAUCGAGAUAAAGUGGAAAGACAUUAAAGGAUUAGAGCAUAACUAAUACACUGCAGGAUUACAGAGAAAACGGGGCAGGGACAAAGCCAGAGUAAACAGAGACUGAAAAAGACUGACAGAGAGGAACAUAAAAGGCCUGGAGGUAAAGAAACGACUAGUUAUUAAAAUCCUAUAGAAAUUAAAAAUCCAGCACAUUGGAUCCUGCAUGGCACACUCAGGUGAAGACACACUCACAGCGAUGAAUGUAGAGAGGAUUAUCGAGUGUAUCAGAGAGGGCGAUCAGAAAGGACUCAAGGCAGAACUACUGCAAUUUAAUCGAGAGUACGCACAGUGCUUCUUCUAUGAUUUGGAGGAGAGGGAGAGAAGAAAAAGGGAGGAGCUGGAAGAGUUCAGAAAGAAUAAAGUGCGGGAUUAUGUGUCCGACUCAGAUUCAGACUACGAUGAGUCCUGUAACCCAGAUGUCAUUUUGAGACAGGCUCUGGCUACGGUUUUGAUCAGGUUCCUCCAGACUGAACCGCAAGGGCGUGUGCUGAAAGUAUGUCUGAGAUCCUUACGAAUCCUCUCAAGGGACAAAAAGGUUAUGGGGCCUCUGGUCACUGACAGAGCGCUGCUCACUCUAGCCCACCUGGGCGGCAUCAGCAAUGCACCUAUUCCAAUAGAAGACACUGACAAUGAUGUUGACCCCUAUAAUGACAUCAUUAUGGCCAUUUCUGAGAUCAAAUUAGGCCAAGCAGAUGAGGAUGAUCAUGGCGGUGAGGAAGACGAGGCUGUAACCAGUGAUGUGAACGACCCUGUGGUCUGGGGGCCAAGCGAUUGGUGUGGUGAUCGCAAGGCUAGCACAUUUUCAAGCAUGAGCCUCGGACCUUCUCGCAGGAGGAGCAGCGUUUUUAAAGCUCUCACACCUGGUAAAAGAGACAGCAGAGGAAGCCUGGGAGAAGGGGAGGAAGAGGAGGAAAAAGAUGACGAAGAAGAAACCAGGAAGGAAGUCAUGAAAAUCUUAUGUAACAUUGUUUACAAUAGUGCUUGGGCACAAGAGAGAGCCAGUGAACUCAGUAUCCUCUGUGGUCUGACGGAAAAGCUAAAUAAGGAAUUUCAGUCUGCAUCUUCUCCUUGUGGCCAGUUUUACACGCUCCGGUUUAUGUUUUUACUGACGGCGCUAAGACCUGAACUCAGAACACAGCUGAAACAAGAGGGAGGAGUGUCUCUGUUGACUACAGUGCUGGAGAAGUGUUUAUCAGUACAGUGGAAGGAAGAGUUCGAGGUUGUGCUGGAUCCUGCAGCGCCUCCUAUAAGUGUGGAUGACUCACAGCAGGCUCAGGAGGCUCUGAAGAUCCUUUUUAAUAUCACACACAGCACACACACUCAAGAACCUGAAGAGGAAGAUGCAUCUCUCUAUCGCCACCUGGCUGCAGUUUUGCGUCACUGUCUGAUGGUGUCCUCUGAGGAGGAGGAAGCUACAGAUGAAUUAAAGGGGCAUGCAGCAAACAUGCUGUCUGCUCUCCCGUUGAGUUGUCUAGACGUUCUGGUAUCCGUGCCUCUGGGUCCAGACUCACACCAGAUGAAUGGAGUCAACAUGGACUGUGUGCACGACCUACUCAUGUACAUGGAGAGAAAACUGGAGCAGGGUGAAAAGGUCAAAGAGAGACUGACCCCUGUGCUGAACUUGCUGACCGAGUGCUCCCGAGGUCACAGAGAGACAAGACGCUACCUGAGACAACAGAUUCUGCCUCCAUUAAAGGAUGCUAGCACUAAACCUGAAAAGGGCAACACCUUGAGGAAUCGUCUGGUUAGACUGAUGACCCACCUGGACACUGAGCUCAAACACUGCGCUGCUGACCUGCUCUUCGUGCUGUGCAAAGAAAACGUGGGUCGUUUCGUCAAGUACACUGGAUAUGGGAAUGCCGCUGGGCUCCUGGCCACUAGAGGCUUGAUGGGAGGUCAAAGGUCACAGGCCUCAUCAUCAGGCGCACAGUACUCUAGCGAUUCAGACUCCGACACCGAGGAGUACCGGCAGAUUAAAGACAAAGUGAACCCAGUGACGGGACAGGUGGAAGAGGAGCAGCCUGACCCCAUGGAGGGAAUGACGGAGGAGGAGAAAGAGGAGGAAGCUCAUCGGCUCAUUAGUCUUUUUAACAAACUCUCAAAGGAUAAUAUGAUUCAGCCAAUGGGAUUGAACCAAGAGGGUCAGCUGGUGCCAAUGUCAGAGCUCAAGGACCUCUCCAUGGAGGAGAGGGAAUCGGAGGAAGAACAUGAUGACCUGGAGAAUGUGGAGUAGAACUGACAUAGAUGUGGUGACCAAAACU